AAAUCAGCUGUGUAUCACACACAGGGAACAUGUAACAAAAUAAAUGUGCGUAUUAAAUUAUCGGUGUGAAAAUGUCCACUGAGACAAUUGAUAAAAAGACAACUCAAUGUUUAUGAUAAAUUCACGGUCGACGAGACAUGGCGCGGCGAAGGAGCAGCGGCAUUACGAGCCUGGCAUUUAACCAGGAUCAAGGCUGCUUCACAUGCUGCCUGACAUCAGGUCUGCGCGUUUACAAUGUGGAACCACUGGUCGAGAAAGCCCACUACAGCAAAGAUGAGUUGGGCGAGGUAUCGCUCUGCGAAAUGGUGUUCCGCACCAACUGGCUGCUGGUGGUGAAGGCGCGCAGACCCUGCAGCCUCAUGCUGCUGGACGACCAGCAGCGAGCCUUCAAGGCGGAGGUCGUCUUCAAGUCGCCCAUCCGAGCCUUGCGCGCGAGGAAGGAUAAGGUAGCAGUGGUCCUAUCAACCAGUAUCCAGGUGUUAGCGUUGCCGACGCUCCAACGCGUCGCAUUGCUGCGGACGCCGACGGCUGCGCGGCCGUUGUGCGCGAUCGCGACGGAUCCCAACGCGCCGCAGAUCCUAGCCGCACCUGCGCAUAGGAAGGGCUCGCUGCAGUUGCUUGACGUGUCGCGCGCAGUGAAGGGCGCUCAGUCGAGUUCGCCCGCAGUGGUCGGCUGCCACCAGACGCAGCUGGUGUGCCUCACGCUGUCGGCCAGCGGCGCUAAGCUGGCCACGGCCUCCGCGCGCGGCACCAUCAUCCGAGUGUGGGACACCAGCACCAAGAACAUGCUGCACGAGUUGAGGAGGGGCUCAGACUACGCUGAUGUGUAUUGCAUAAAGUUCAACCAGUCGGGCACGCUGGUGUGCUGCGUGUCGGACAAGGGCACGCUGCACGUGUGGUGCGCGCGCGGCGGCUCGCGGCGUGCGCGCGCCUCCGCCCGCGCGUGCGGCGCGCGCGCCGUCUGCGCGCUGCUCGACGACUGCAACGCGGCCGUGAUAUGCGAAGAUGGGACCUUUCACAAAUUCACGUUCUCGCCGGAAGGCAACUGUCACCGUAGCGAUUUCGAAUAUUUCUUGCAGGUUGGCGAUGAUGACGAAUUUCUACAAUGAUGGAUGUUUCUCGAAGCCUGGACAGCGUCCGAAGGGAUUCGCUGUGGAAGUGUUAGCUACUCAGGUUUUGAUAUCUUGUAUUGUGAUCAUGUUAUGGUCCCACAUUAUAUGGGGCUAUGCGCUGUGUAAUUCUUUAUUAUGUUUAAUUAAAAAUAUUUGUAACGCAAAAUAUUUUUUCAGGUGGAAUUUCAUUUUUACCACCAGUAAAGUAAGAAUGUUUAAAAAAAUAUAAAAAUCGAGUAAAAUAAAUAAAUGUGGCUAGAUCACUUAUAUUUUUAAAGUUGCUAUAAAAACGUUUACGUACAUUAUAACCAAUUUGCCGUUAGGUUAAAUUGCUUACUUAAAACUUUAAAUCUUAGUAUAGGUAGACUUUUUUUUUCAUAAUUUGGCGCUCUCGCUUUGGCGAAGGAUUCAUUUUAUACAUUUCGUAUAUUUUUAUUUUAUUUGUUUUCAAAAAAAUAUAUGAAAUGUAUGAAAAAUAAUAUAAUCAUCGCCAAAUCUUAAGGCACCCAUGUAUUCUUUUGAUUUUUUUUUGUGUUCAUCUAUAUUUGUUCAAUUUUUGUCUAUCAUAUAAACGUGUGUGAGGUCGUCCAUCCAUUUAGCUUUGUAGAAUAUAACUGUCAAUGUAAUGGUAAUUUUCAUUUAGGCUAAAAUUUAUUUAAAAAGACAAUGGUACUAAAUUGCAUUUUUAGUUGAAUAUUUAUGGGUUUGCAGAGGACUGAUGUUACUGCAACGCUAAACUCCGUUUUUAGUUAGGCAAAGAAACGAUGACCUACGUUAAUAUAUUACCUUUGUAUUAGUAAUCGCUUGUUUAAAUGCGAUGGCGAUAUAAUAUUUAUACGAGCGGCAGGGAGAAAAUAAAUCAGGUAGAUUUCCGUAUUCCCUAAUUCUAAAACGGAGUUUGCACAAUUUUUACAUAUAUAGGGUUGUUCCCAAGAACUAGCACACAUAUGGGUAGAUUGCACUAUAGAUACGAUUUUAUUUAGCUUUUUAUUUUAUUUAGCGACAGGAUUUAAAUGUUUUUGGGAACAACCGACACUUUGGGAGUAUCUUUAUAUUUUAUAUUUGCGUUAAAUGUAACCAAAUGACAAGCAAAAUCUGCCUAUAGUUAAGGUCAAAAUAGUCGCGCUUUCGCAUUUGGUUGCAUUAUACAGAGUUUAUAAAGGGUGGUUGGAGGGUGGGGCGAUAACCCUUACUACAUAAUAAUAGGGACUAGGCGAAACCUUACUUUGAAAAUAAAAGUACACAGAACAAUAUGAUUUUGACAUUCUUCAAAUAAUACUAUCAAAUCCACAGCGUUUCAUGCGGUGAAAAUAAAUGCGACAAAUCAAUCACUGUAGAGCCUAGAUUACUAUAGUAGUUGCACGAAAAUUAUUUCGUCAUUAAUGUCACGUAUAUGUUAAGCUUUGCAAUGCAUGCAUACGUUUUUAUAUGAAAUUUGUGAGGAAAUUCAUGUCACGAAACUAUUUUCACACCUCUGGUUUCAAAGUUAAGAAUUAGGCUUAAAAUAUAUAUAUUUCAACAACAGAAUACUGACCAGUAAGUUUAGUGAAAUUUAAUUCGAUUAUUGAAAUUCCCUCAAUAAAAUUAUCAAAUAAAAAUAUGAAUAUUCAUAACAAGCCAAAACCUGUUUUAGUUUAAAAUAUGUUUUGUCUAUGUUAAAAUAAAGAUUUUAAUGAAAAAUUUUGUAAAGUGGAAUAUGGACAAAACAUUUUACUAAAGUGCAAGUACAUUUUACCUUUUUACGAAAAAGCGCAAGGGUAAUAAUUUUACUUACUAUUAUUAAUACAUUCAUAACCUAUUUUGGUAACUCAUUAUGAUCAGUAUGGAAAUAAAAAGUACUUAAUAUAGUACUCGUACGUAAGUAGUUUUUGGUUCCGUGUAGAUCAAGUCACAUAGUUUGACUCAAGUCUAUUACGACGCGAUUUAUCUCAUCGUUCUUUAUAAUAUAAAUAAUAGAAAGAUGACACUUAUCAAAAUACUUAUUUUUAUUAAAGCAAGAUAUUUGAAGCUAUUCAUAUACUAACAUUGAAAUCGCUAGCUAUUCAUAUAUCUUUAAAAACAUGUUUUUAUUUAAAAUCUUGUGAAAUGAAAUACAGAUCUGUUGUUUUGAUAACUGUCAAUAAUUAAGUUGUGUAUAGGUCACAUUUUUAAUAAUUAAUAACUCACACCAAACGAAAUGGCAGCGAUUAUAAAAUUGCAGCUUAUCCGCUCAAUUUUUAAUUCAUAAAAAAUGUAUGUUUGUGAGGUGUCAUGUGCUGUAGUAACAUGUUGUAACUAUUAUGUAUAUAUCAUUACUAUUAUGCGAUAUUCACUGCGCUACUCUGCAUGUAUUUAGCCUGUUAUAUACAAUCAUUUUUGUAUGAUAUUUGUGCUGAAUGUUGUUUUUUUUUUUUAAUUAUAUCAACAUAUACUAUAGCCAUAUACUAAAGCAAGCAAGCUGCUUUGUGUUUCGCUACUCAGGUCCAGACCAUAAAGUUGGAAGAAAAUAUAUAAUAUAAUUUCUAUGUCUGUAGUCCAGGCAUAAUAUAACAAUAUUUUAACUUGUCAUUUUUUUAAAUAUUCCGAUGUGUCUAUCGAAAUGGUAAUUACUUAUUUAUUAUAUUCCAAAUCCAGUAUAUCGUCGGGAUAAUAUAUAUUAUUUUAAUCUUCUUCUAUCAAUGAGCCUUUGGUUUAGGCUGUUCAAACAAAUAGUAAAUAGUUAUCUUGCUUUCUUGUUCCAGAAACACUUUCAUUCAAAUCUUCAAUAAAUUUUAUAGCUCAGUGUUUAAAUUUUACUGUUCUAUUUUUUGGUUUGUUUUCGGAACCAAUUUUAAAUUGUACCUUUUGCAUUUGCUCAUCUUAGUGUUAAAUUGGUAAACUCAUGAAAUACCUAACUUAGUUUAAAUAAAAAUCGCAAAAUUGUAUCUAUUGCAUAUUUUUCCACUAUGUAUAGUAGUAAUUUAAUGAUAUCAAGAGUUUAUAUUAUUUCAUUAUUAUUCAACCCCAUUAUGUAAAAUUUAAUGUAAACUUAUAUGUAAUUAUGUAAAUAUUUAGCGACAUUAUAUAGUUUUUAUACUUCGUCAGUAGAUAUAGUGAUAAAGUCGUAAAGUAUGUUCAGCUUAUUUUAAAUUGGGUAAAUAACUGUAGUAGACACCACAAAUUGUGCACACUUUAAAAUGUAAAUAAGGACUUUGAGAUGACAUUUUAUUUUUUUAUUGACUAAAAAGUGUUUGGGAACUACCAUUGUUUUAUAAUAAAAAUGAUUGUGGCGGCUGGUCUUAUGUACCAAAACUGAAAUUUCAAAUAAACAUUUUUUGUAUUA